AUGGCCUUCGGAAAGCUCUACGGUUCCCCUGAGAACGGUCGCACCAUUGCCUGCCUCGUCGCGGCUAAGGCCAACGACGUUGAGGUUGAGCUGGUCAAGACUGAGGCUAACUCUGCUGCCUCUUUCAACCAGUCCGCUGAGUACACCAAGCUCAGCCCCCUCGGCAAGAUCCCCGCCUUCGAGGGUGCCAACGGCUACACUCUGUCUGAGGUCGUUGCCAUCGCUGUCUACCUGACCUCCCAGAACGAGAAGACCACCCUCUUGGGCAAGACCAAGCAGGACUAUGCUUCCAUCCUCCGUUGGUUGUCUUUCGCCAACACCGAGCUCGUCCCCCGCUUCGGUGCCUGGUGCCGCCCUCUCUUGGGUCUUGACCCCUACAACAAGAAGAACGUCGAGGAUGCUGCCAAGGCUGCUGUGAAGAACGCUGGCGUUCUUAACACCCACCUCACUGCCAACACCUUCCUUGUUGGCGAGCGCAUCUCCCUGGCUGAUUACUUCACUGCCGCUCUCCUCACCCGUGCCUUCGCUACCGUCCUGGACAAGAAGUACCGUGACGAGAAUGUUGCCAUCACCCGCUGGUACAAGACCAUCGUCAACCAGCCCGCCUUCAAGGCUGUCGUCGAGAACCCCGUCUUCGUUGAGGAGUGCAUCAAGUACACUCCCCCCAAGAAGGAGGAGAAGCCCAAGAAGGAGGCUGCCCCCGCUGCCGCCGCUGAGCCCAAGCCCGCUGAGGAGAAGAAGCCCAAGCACCCCCUUGAGGCUCUUGGUCGCUCCGAGUUCGUCCUUGACGAGUGGAAGCGCCAGUACUCCAACGAGGACACCCGCCCCGUUGCUCUGCCCUGGUUCUGGCAGAACUACAAGCCCGAGGAGUACUCCCUCUGGUCCGUUAACUAUAAGUACAACAACGAGCUGAAGCUUACCUUCAUGGCCAACAACCUGAUCGGUGGUUUCCACGCCCGUCUUGAGGCUUCCCGCAAGUACCUCUUCGGUGCCCAGGCCGUCUACGGUGCCAACUACGACUGCGUCAUCCAGGGUGUCUUCCUGGUCCGCGGCCAGGACUUCAAGCCCGCUUUCGAGGUCGGCCCCGACUGGGAGAGCUACGAGUUCCGCAAGCUCGACCACACCAACGCUGAGGACCGCAAGCUCAUUGAGGACCAGUGGGCUUGGGACACCCCCGUUGUCGUUGAGGGCAAGGAGUACCCCUUCGCUGACGGCCACGUCUUCAAAUAA